CUGUGCUGUAGAAUAUGUGAAAUUGAUAAAAAAAAUAUGAUUAUAAUGUUCAAAUCCAAUAUUAUCCUGUAUCCAAUAUCCAUCUCUAUUGUGUGCAAUGUGGAUCAGUCAUAAUAGUCCAAAAGGGGCUUCAUAUUUCAAUACAAAACAUUUGUAUGACAAAAUAAACAUGCAUUUAUAUUAAUUAAACAUUUGAAGCAUAUUAAUAUGAAUGUAAUUUGUUGCAUAAAAUCAUAUUAGUAUUUUCAAUAUGUUCAUAGUAUUCAAACAUGUCUAUUCCAGUAAUUUUAUAUAAUAAAACACAAUGAAUGGAUUAUUGAUUUAGUUUUAUUUUAUUGUUUACAUAUAUUAUGAAGAAAUAAGCUUAUUCUGCUUACUAAAGUGAAGCAAUGGACUUCUUUAAUUUUUUGGCAGAUUGUUUAAAACAAGUAAGUUUAUUAAUUUAGAACUUCAUUGUCUAAGUAAACUUAAUUAUUAUCCGAUUAUUGGUAUAAGUUAAAUAAUUAAUAAAUAUAUUGUAUAAUCAAGGUACAGUUUAAAUUUUUUGUAGUAGAUUUCAUACAUUGUACAAAUAUAUGCUUUUUUAAGUUCUUUUCUUAUUUAUUAUUUUAUAAUACAUAAAGAAAAUUUAGUGCCAACUUUAAAUACUAUAAAUAAAUAUAGGUAUUGCCCAAAUUUAUUACUUGACUAUGAAUGAACUAAGAGACAAGAGUACAGCUUUAAAUAUUAAACUUUAGUUUAAUAAUAUUACAAUGACAACAGGAUUAUGUAUAAAUAAAAUAUCUACCUGUUACAUAAAUUGAUAUUUUAAAAUGUAUUAACAAUAAACCUAUUAUAGAAGACUCAAGCAUAAAAUAUUUAAUAGAUAAAUGAUAUUUGUAUAUUACUUAUAAUUAUAUAAAGGUUUAUUGGUUUAUAUACCUACCAGUGCAUACAUUAAAUCAAAAUAAUACAUUUUUUUAUUUUUUAUUUGUUAGUUAAAAUCUGAAGAUACAUUACCAAGAGUGACAUCUCCACGUAUGUACAAUGAUGGAAAUAUAACAUUUGAAGGAUUAAUGGUUGUUUUUGCUUCUUUUUCAACAUAUUUGCAAUAUUUAAAUGUAUACAAAUCUGUGUGGUGGUUAUCAAAUUCAAAUUAUACAUUAUGGGUAUGAUAUACUAUUAAUGACAUGGAAUUAUGAUUUUUAUUAAUUAAUCUGUUUUAAAUAAUUAAUGUCAUAUGAACAGGAAAACGAGACAAUAAUUCUUCUGUUUGAAAAUGUUCGACCUUGUCCUAAACUUCCACUUGAACUGAUCCUCAUAUUGUCCUCAGUUACACUCACUGUCCUCAAAUCAUUCUCAAUCACAUUUAACCACCUUCUUUUUGGUCUUCUCCACCCUCCCCUUCCUUCCUCCUAUAUCCAUAUUCAUCACAAUUCUUUCUGCUUCUGAUUUCUCUUUCACGAAAUUCAAACUAUCUAGUCUAUUUUCUCUCAUUUUGUUCACUAUCAAAACCACACCUAAGCUACCUCUUAUGUACUCAUUUCUAUAUUUUCUUCACUUCACUCAUCCACCUAAGCAUUCUCAUCUGAUACACUUAUUCUCAGUUUUAUAUUUUUGUCUACCGCCUAACACUCUGAACCAACAGCAUACCCAGUCUCACAACGCUUAUAGAACUUACCUUUAAGUCUCAUUAAAAUCUUCUUGUCUCAUAAAACAUUUUGAUAUUACUCUCCACUUAAUCACAUCCUCAUUAAUGCCAUUGUUAUUUUUUAAAAAAGAUCCUAGGUACUUUAAACUCUCAACCUUAUUUAUUACAUCAUCACCUAUAGUUAUUAGCUGUUACUUGUACAACAAAUUUAAAAUCAUAGCAAUUGAUAUAAAUUGCUUAUAAUUUCAAUGAAUUACAUAUUAAUUGCCUUGUAAAUUGCUUACGACACUAUACAAUUAUUUAAGCUCUUUUUAAAUUCACCUUUAAUUGUAGUUAUUAAUAUUAUCACAGGGUUAUGUAAAACAUGUCAUAAUCUGUAAUAUUUUCAGAAAGUACACUUGAUCGAUUGUGAAGUGAUUAUAUUUAUAUUAGCUAUGCAUAGUCGAAGAUUUGUGUAUUGCUUAUUAGCAUGGGUUUUUCAUAUCUUAUGCCCACAAAAUUAUUGGAAAUUUAUCAGACUGUUCAUUAGGUAAGAUUAUCGGAGUUUUAUAAAUUGGUAUAUAAACUAUUGUGGUUCAUUUUUUAAUGAAUUUAUUUAUUUUUAUUUUCAGAUUGUUUGUUACAGUUUUACUAUUUAUGUUAUUAAGUGCAUUAACACUUGAUCUCUGUUUAAAGUAUGAUUAUAUAGUAAUAAUGUAUUUAUUCAUGCCGUAAGUUUAAAUUUCAAAUUUAAGUUGUAAUUCAAAGUUUUUUGAAAAAUAUAUUUGUAUUUUAGGAUUAUUGGUUAUUUAUUCUAUUAUGGUUUUAAUGCUUGUCCAUUUUUUGAUAUGAUGUGUAUUAGUGAAAAGGAAAUAAUUAUAAAUGGAAAACCGUUAAGUAUGAUUUAGUUAUUUAUUUAUUUUAUUGCUUUAAAUUAAUAGUUUUAAACUUUAUUAAUUAUUAAUGGUUUGUUUUCUUUUAUUAACAAACAACUAACACAAUAAUUUUUACUAGUUAUUUGAAAAUAACAUUUUACAUUUAUUAUAAUUUCAACAUUUUCAGUUCAAUAUACAAAUAUGCACAUAUGUACUUCAAAUCCAAAAAUUAUUCGAACAGAAGUGGAAAAUAUGAGGGAUGAUUUUAACAAUAGACUAACUCAAAUAAUAUUUUCUUCUUUUUUCUCAGCAUAUUAUGCAUGUUUUUUACCACUAGUGUUUGUACAAGUAUGUUAUUACAUAUUAAAUAAUUAUACAUAUUAACAUAACACAAAUAGUAUAAUGUAAUUUUCUACUUUUUAAAUAUUAAUAAUCCGAAUUAUAAAACCGGUUUUAUAAUAUUCAUAAAACAGAAUUUUGCCAAUUCUGUGCUACUGUUUUUAUACAUAAAUAUUAAAUAAUCAAACAUUUUAAAAUCAUUAAAACAUAAUGAGUUAUAUAUAUGGUUUGAACAAAAAUUAGAUGAUAAGUGUAUUUGAAUAUGAAAUAAAAUAUCUAAUUAAAAUUGAAAAAAUAUAAUAAAACUAAAGUAAUUAAUUUAUUGAGUUCUUUUAAUUUUAAUACAAAAUUAUAAAAUAUUCACUUUAUAUUUGUUUUAUUGGGAAUCUCGAGGUUGAUUUAAUCUUUGGGUUCAGUAGUGGUUUUUAUUUAUUUAUAGAACUGAUAGAAACGUUUGUCUAAGGAUGCCUGAGUGUUGGGCAUUGAAUAAAAGUGAUGAAAUAUAAAUGUAAGUGGCUGUAAUGGGAAUGAUAUAAUUAUGAAUAAUUAUAAGAGAUAGGUUAACCUAAUCUAAUUGAAAGAGAAGUAAAGGAUAUGAAUAUUUUGAGAGAAGGAGAAAUAAUAAUAUAGUUUGGAAGAUAUGAGAGUUAAGAAAAAUGCAGAUGAAGAGGUAGGCUCUAGACAAAAUGGUUAAAGGUUAUAAAGGGUAUUAAGAGGGCAUGUAUAGUAGAAAAAGUAAUGGCUAUAUAUGUGAAUAUGUAUUUUUGGUAUUUUGUUGUGCAAUUAAUAUAUGAAUAUUAUGGAAUUGCUUAGCUUGUGAUUUAUAUAUAAUAUAUUGCUGAUUUUUUUUUUAUUGCAAAAAUGCAUGCAUAUAACACCAUUUAUUGUAUAAAUUUCACAGCCUUGAUAAUACAUUUUAUUAUAAUGCAAUCAUGAUCUGAAAUAUAGAAUUAUAAAAAUUAAUUUACAUUAUUUAUGCUUAAAUUGAUUUGGGUCUUCGUAGUAUUUGCCAAACUAAACAAUUGUUAAAUUAAUGCCUUAAUUGGACUAAAAGAUUGAAAUGUGUAAAUAAUUAAAAUAAAAACUAAUAUAUUAUUGUCCAAUUUUGUCUGAUAAAAAAAAACUAUUGUAAUGUAUUGUGUCUGUUUUGUAUACAUAUAUAAAAUAAUACAUAGUGUUUAACAUAACGUAAGAUACCCAUUAUCUUGGAAAUUUAACUUAUUUUUAUAAUUUGAUUUUUAUAACAUUCAUAAAUAAACAUCUCUAAAUUGUUGCAUACUCAUUAUUUUUUGUAAAACUUAUUUUAGGAGGUAAAACUACUACCCACUUUUGACUUUAAAACUGCAACCUAUAUUAAAAAUUCCUUACAUAGCUGAAGUUUUUGUUUAAAUAAACUUUGAUGUUAAAAUUUUUAAUUUCUGUUAAUCCUGUUUAUUAUUAAUUUAUCCUUUUACUUUUAUUUUUUAUCCCGACAUAAAUCAGAGAAACUUCACUGUUCUGUUUGGGUAGGAAGAGUUUAGGAAGAGAAUUUACUUCAUUUAUGUAGUAGUGUGGCGCCAGGCGUUUGAAUAGUACUCCACUACUUUCCGCUUACCCACAAAACAGCAAACUUAAAUGUGGAGUACCUUUUGCCUUUAACAUUGACAUUGAUUUAUUUAAACUAAAAUUGUCUGGAAUUUGUAAUUUAGGUUACUAUUUGUAAAUUAAAAGUAGGUAGUGGUUUCACCAUCAUAAAUAAUAGUUAUAUUCUAAAACUACUUGUUUCUUAAAUGUACUAAAACAUAAAAUUCUGUUAAAAGUUAAUGAAUGUCUUACGUUUUGUUGAUUAUUGUAUAUAUUUUUUUCAAAAUGUUUACAUUUAAAUAUGCUGAAUUUAUUCAUAUUUUUGUGGAAAUUGGUCAUUUUUUAGCUGUGUAUAAUACUUCAGGCCUCCAAAUUAAGCUAGAGCAAUGUCAUUUUGUAUAUGCAUGACAUUAGUAUCAAUAAUACUUUAAGGGUUUCAAGUUUCAAUUUCCACUAUUUUACCAUACUAAAAUAUACUAUUGUAUAAAUAUUGAAUUUAUUUUUUUAGACAUAUGUAAUUUAUGAAGAACAUUGGGUGUUGAUGCAUUUUCUUUUUGUAAUGAUGACUAUGGGAAUGAUGUUAUGUAUUCAUUAUUAUCCAGUUAAGUAAGUAACUAUUACUUAUUUUAAAUAUUUGUGACAAUUUUAAAAAAGUUAUACUACUUACAAAUUUAAUAAAACAAUUCAAUUUAAAUUAACAGUUAAGAUUUUUCUAAUUUUGAGUAAAUUAAUAAAUUUUACAAAUGAUCUACAAAUCUUAUAUUUAAAUUUCAAGUCAUAAUUCAUGAAAUACAUUUAAAGAGCCACGGAGAAGAAUGAUAAUAGUCAAUAUUGCAGUUUUAAAGUUUCAGAACUAUAUUAAAACCUUAUCAGAUCAUAUAUUUAAACCUUUUUUUUUUUAUAUCACAGUCUGUGAUCUUUAUGCCCCAAUUUGAUCACAUACCAAUUUGGCCAGAAACAAAUGACAAAAUGAUAAUAUUUUAAUUAUUCUAUUUAUUAUUAUUAUUUUUCUACUAUUAUCAUUUUUCCCCAUUGCCCUUCAUUUGUUUUUAUCAAACUUCAAAAUUUAAAUAAUUUUAAAAAAUUUAUCUAAACCAAAUAUCAAAUUGUAGUUACUACUUAAAAUUGCAUGAAUAAUGAAAAUGUGUUGGUCAUUAAAAAUAAAAAUAUAUGUUUUAAUUAAAAUUAAUAAUACAUAUAUUGUAUGUUAGACAUUUAUCAUACAUUACUUGAUCAUAAUUCAGAAUGCAGAGUAGUGAUAAAUGUGUAAGUUAAUUUUGAAUGCUAUAAUUAUUGCAUUUAAAAAAAAAUAUUCAGUAUGGAAGCUAGAAUUAAAAUAAAAGUUUAAAAAUUGUUUCUUUUAUGUUUCAAUUUUCAGAAAAUCAAAAAUAAAUUAUAAAAAUAUUAUGAAACAAAUUGUAAACAGAAAGUUAAAAAAAUUGUUAAAAUUAUAACUUCCAUACUUCGCUUAAAAUCUAAAAUUAUAUUUAACUCAUCAUUACUAAUCUAAUAAGUUUUUUGCUUUAAUCAAUACCUUACAUAAUAUUUAGCUACACAAUUUAUGAUUAUUUUUAUCUAGGUAUUUUGAUCAUUUACAUAAAACAGCUAUGCACCUAGGUCGAUGGAAAAGAGUAAAAUUAGAUCGUCCUCAUUUGCCUAUACAUUUGUAAGUAUCUAUAUUUAAUAUUCUUAUUUCUCAUAGUAAUAAUAUUAUCAAAUUGCUUACAAUUUAUUUAAAUGUUUAGGUGGUCAGAAGAAGUGGUGUGGCAACAGGGCUCAUUAGUUAGGCAUAAUCAAUGUUUAUAUAAAGCUGAAGGGAUAUCAAAUGUAGCUGAACCUGGAAAAAUUGCAGAUAAAGUGUUUUAUGUAAGUAUAUUAAUUAGUGUUAUUAAGUAUCAGGUAUACAAACUUUUUUGUAUUAAUUUAGUUUAGGCAUUGAUACGUUUUUAAAUUUAAUGAUUGAAACUAUUUUUAUUUUUAGAGAAUUUUUAUCAAUCCUUCAGAAACAAUAUUUUUGACAUUAGCAACUAUUCAAGUUUCAUUUAUGAUUUUAUUGAUUAUUGCACUGGUCACUAGUUUUCAAUGGCAUCAAAUAUUUUAUCUUUCAUUUGUUAUGCUAUUAAAUUAUGUUACAUUAUGUAAGACUUUAUUCAAUUAUCGUAUGACUGCUAAAAUUUACAAAAUGGUAAAAGAAAAACCUCAAUAGUUUAAAUUACGGUAUAAACAAAUUUUUGAAUAGCCUGCAAAUUAUUUGAAAAAAUAGAUAUUUAUUUAAUAAUUGUGUGAAAAUAUUAUGGAUAUAUGUUGUAUAUCAAAUAAACAAUUGAUCUUCAUUUUUUUUUUUUUUUUUUUUUUUUUUUUUUUAUCACUAAUGUAUACUAUUUUAAAAAUAAGACCCUUUGCUUGGCUCAAUUUGUAAAUAUUUAGAUUUAAAAAUAGAAACAUAUUGUUUUAAGACUCAAUAAAUGGUGAUAGAAAGUUC